AUGGGGCACCCCUCCGCCGGCAGGGAACAACCAGGGGACGAGCCCGCCACACGGGGAGCGGGAGCGGGGGCUUUAAGGCAGGUGCGGGCCGACAGAGCGGCUCCAACCCCAGUCACUAGGGCAGCUCCUGCUUCCUCUCUUACGCCGGCUUCUGGGGAGCAGCGAGAAAGAGGCGCCCGCGGCUUUCCACCGCCCCCAGCACCGGGCAGCUCCUUUUCCGCUCCCUUCCCCCAGCCCGCCUGCCCUGGGUGCCCCUCCCCCGGGAAUGGGGGCCCGCCGGGGCGCUCAGGCUGGCGCGGCCUGGGCUGCCCGCGGCGCGCUGACAGGUGGCGGCCCUCAGGCUCCCCGCGCCGGCCAAGCCGCCGCGCCGUGCGAAAGCCUCGUUGUCAUCGCCGGGGCUGGGCAGAGCUCCGCGUAGCGCCGGCGAGCCGGGCGGCGGCCUCGCCUCAGCCUCCACGCUCAGCCCCGGCGGCGGGGGGGGGGGGGGCACGGAGAGCGCGUUCACCGCCCCCUCCCCGGAGAACAAAAGAGCCUCGCCCGGCGGCGGAAGAGGACGCCGGUGCCUUGGCCGAGGUUUACUGUCUGGGGAGAAAUUGGAUUGAAGAAGAGUGGUUGGCACGAAUAGGUGCAUUUUUCAUCUCUAUAAUGAAGAAAAGCAGAAGUGUCAUGACGGUUACAGCAGAUGACAUUGCUAAAGAUUACUUAGAAUGUGGCCUGAGCAAGUCUUAUAGUACAUCUAGUAAUAUGCUCGGCAUAGAUCUCUGGAGAGGAAGAAGGUGUUGCUCAUGUAAUUUGCAGUUACCACCAUUGUCCCACAGACAAAGUGAAAGAGCUAAGACACCUGACAGAGACAUCCUCUCUAGACCAACAACUUUGCCUUUGCUGACUCCACCAAGUAUUGCCAUCACCACUUACCAGGACAGGUAAAUUGUUUCAGAUUCUUAAAAUUCUGUUGUGUUGUUUUUUUUAACAAGCCCUCAAGAUGUUACUCUAUAAAUGGGAGAGGGAGGGAUAUAGUGGUUAAAAUACUAAAGUUAACAUUUGCCAACCAGUACCACGUUAUGGUAUCGCAGGUAGAUUAGGAAAUAACUGCAGUACAACAGUGUGGAAUUUUGACUUUGUAGUGGGUGAACCCUGUAAGAAGUUAAUUGAUGAAAUUACUAACUUAUAUUACACUCUGUGGUCUGAACAAAUAUAAAAAUUUUCCUUUGGUUAAAAUUUAGAGGAUUAGUUAAAAUGCUUAUAAAUAUGUAAGUGCAGAAUUGUUUGAUGUGUGUUAGAAAUGACCUACAGAAGUUAUUCAUGGAAGCAGUAGGAUCUUUCUGUUUUUGAGGUAUCUUAAGAGACUUUGAAAUCUAACAUUAGUGAACUUGUCAAUGGAACAUAAAAUUAAAGUCACUCUUAGUCAAAGCCUCUUAUCUUUAUAGCCUCCUGUCUAUUUUUUAACCUACUUUAUAAUGCGAGUUUCUGUUUCUUUCCAUAUGCUCAGUAUGAUGUGAUUUAGAAUCUAGUCAUGGGAAGUUGUGUGUGGGGGGUAUCACUCUGGAAAUAGGUAUGCCAGUUAUAAAUUAAUGCUUUAUUACUUGUGUAACUGACAAAUCUCUGUUGGGAGGUAGAUAUCAAACUAAAUUGGUGUUUCUAGUUAGCUAGAACCAGGCUUGAGAUUUAAAGGAUGUGCUCUAACUCCUUGGUAAGGUGGAGGAACAAUGUAUGAGAAUAUCCCAGGAUAGCUAUCAAAGCCUCACAUGAAGGAGGAUUGUGAUCUCAACUCUCAUAG